AUGCAGAUCAACAUGAGAAGUGUGAUCACUUUGGUGCAGAAGGCAAAAGAGCAUCUGAUAAAAACCAAGGGUGAAAUCAUCAAUGUAUCCAGUAUUGCGUCAGGUCCCCAUGGGGACUCCCAAAUGACCUACUAUGGGAUGUCAAAGGCUGAUCUGAACCACUUCACCAGAAGUUCUGCGAUCUCUCUGAUCCAACACGGAGUUCGAGUAAACUCCGUCAGUCCAGGGUUCACAUUGACAGGAUUUGGAGAUGCCAUGGGAUUCCCUCCGGGAGCCCUAGAGAAGGUCAUAAAACACUAUGCAUCCCACAAAGAGUGUAUUCCGAGUGGAGUGGUUGCUCGACCUGGAGAUAUUGCUCAAAUAAUAUUAUUCCUGGCGGAUAGAACCAUGUCCUCAUAUAUCAUCGGACAAUCUAUAAUAGCUGACGGAGGAUCAUCGUUGGUGAUGGGAAUGCAGGCACAUGAUAUGUUGGAAAUUUUAAAGCAAUAA